UUAGCAGGCUCAGGGAUGGUUAGCUCUCAGCCAUCUCCUUACCCAGUUUCUGCAAUGAGAGAUGCUGAGUUGCACAGAAGGGCAGUCCAGCCACAGUCUUCCAUGCUCUCAUCUCGCAUGGAUUUACAAGGCAGGCAGCAGAAGGAGCCGUGGCUGUCCGAGCUACACCCACAACCGGUGCAGUGGAAGGUGGAUGGUGGCGAGGUAAUGCCUGUCCCGUUGUCACAACAGCAACAUGCAGGUCACACGCAGUUUGACAGCCCAGCACAGCCAGGCCAGCAGCUCCUCCAUCUGAGAAGUCCGGGCUGGCCAGAUAGCCCUUCAAUAACUCAGUCAGGCCCCGCAUCUGCUCAGAAUUCAGAGUCAUCACACAUGAAAGAGAGUGCAGCUUCUGUUGUCAGCUCCCUCCUGGCAGCUGUGCCAAAAAAAUCCAGCCCGUCAGUGGUGAGUGAGAUGGAGCAGCUCAGGCAGCACAAGCCUGCUACUUGGACUAGCACACCCACAUCCACAGUGCUCGCUUCCACAAGCUCUUUGCAACAUGAUUUUUCUGUUCCGUCCUACAUAGAUGGGGCAGCUCUGUGGAGCGUCAGACCUGCUCCGCUAGCGAAUUCACAGGGCUCUCCCAAUAAGCUCGGUCAGGAGCUACAGCUGCCAAGAUGGCCAGGUGCCCCAGUGUCAACACAAAAGGAGCCAUCCACUCCUCCUAAAAAAGAGGACACUAGAAUGUGGGACAUCAGCAAUCCUCAAGUUAUACCAUCGACUGUUAGCCAGCCAGAGAAGCCAUGGAACGGCUGUGAGCUGCAAAAGCAGUGGGCUUCAGGCUUAGCAGGUGCAUCCACCUCAGCUCAAAUAGACCAAAGCAGUGCUAUGCCAAUUUCAAAUUCUGUUUCUCACGGGGUAGGUAGCACCUUGUGGGACAUACAAACACCGCCAGGUAUUCCAAAGACUAUAACCUCCCCUGAGAAAUUAGUAAAUAGUCAAGAUUUUCAGCUGCAGCAAAAGCAGGUGUCAUCUGGCUGGGCAAAUGUACAGAGUCAGGCAGGUACACAGAAGGUUCCCAUUUCCAUUCAAUACGAGCCUCAUCGUUUUGGCCAGGGGAUGGGAACACCAGUAUGGGGCUUCCAAAGUAAUCCAGUGGGUCCUCAAACGCUGCUCACUGGGCAACUCAAACCAGGGAAUGGACAGGAGCUGCAGCAACAACCAAUGGCAGUCAUGAGCGAGAGGCCACACAUGCCACAGACCCUGCCCCUACCUCAGCUCGCCCCACGGACAGAACCUCAUAAACUUGGAUCCCGUUUGCCUUUUGCUCCAGAACGACUUCUCCAGUGCAUGAUAUGCGGAUGCUCCCUCCCUCGGGAGCUAGAUCUACAAAUGCAUUACUUGCAACAUGCACAAGGAGAGAUUUGACAUUUCUACAAUAGCAACAAGACUUAGUUAUGUUUUUUAAUAGUUUUUCUUUCAGUGGAGCCUCGCUUAUUUGACCCUCAGUUGUGCAGUUUGACCAGUUGAGUGGAUGGGCAUUAGAAACAAAAAGAUGAAAGUGAAACUUGAUUUAGUCAGCACGUUUGAUUUAAAGUCUUUCAUUUACAAAUUAGACUGCACAAUGUGUGGUUUGUAAUAGAGGGUGCAUACAUGUGCCAUUAAAUUACGUUCACCAUCUUUUUAAAUGCAUUUUGACUUGUUUAAACAACCUCUGAGGGGUCCAGAUUAUUGAGGCUCUUUGGUCUACAUUUCAUUUCUUGCCAAUGACCUUUAGAUUUAGAUAAUAUUAGUACUUUUAUAGUUCUGUUCAUAUGUCCUCAACCAUUUGAACUGUGUUACUUCAUGUACAGUAUACUGUGUGCCUUUUAUGAGUACAGUCUGCAUGUCUGCUGUCUUGAUAUUCUAGGCCUAGUUUGUGCUUAAGGUAGACUCAACAAUGUGACCUCACUCCCAAAACACAGCAACUCUUUCUAAGAUACUGUAAAGAAAUGAAGGUUUUUGCUUUUGAGGAGGGGAGGGACGGGUUGUUGGGCUCACCGAUUACAUGUGUCAGAACAUACAAUGGAAAGCUGACUACAUACAGUAUAACCCUGUUAGGAAGUGUUCGUAUUCACAGGGCCACUGGCUGGGUCCAAAUAUCCCAUAAGCAAAAUCCACAUCAUAAUUUGGCAAAGCAAAAAGCAAAAGUAUCUAAAGAAAAUGUGACAGUGAAAUGUCAUUUCACAGUGAGAGUUUUCUGUAAAUGUAACUCUUGAGUGAUCAUUGGGAACAGGGAGAAAGUAGCGUCACUCCACAAUUAUUGAUGACACUGUUGUCAACUAAUGAAUUUUGUAAUAAAACUUACUGAUAUAUGAGAUGUUUUGUCAUUAAUAGUUUGUACAAUGGCAAGACAAACAUGAAACUGAUGAGAUCAAAUGGACCAUUCAUGUCCAGUCAAAUUCAGCAAAUUUCUGACAAAGUCAUGACUGAUAUACUUGAUAAUGAGAUUAAUGUUUUAAUUUAAUUAGAUUUAAACUGAUUGUGGAUGAAAGUACUCAGCACCCACUGUAAACUGAUGAGUGCCAUGUAACGUGUAUUUCACACCAGAAUGACUUUAAGAUUGAAAUGUACCAAUAUUUAUAAAAUUAAGUCCACUUUUAAGUACAAUUCAAUGUCUUUUUUGUGAAUACUUAAUUCCAUAACUGUAGAUUUAGCUGAGUACAGAAUCCCAUCUCCUCUGUUAUGAUAAUGGGAAUUUGGGUAGCUUUGGUGGCCCAAUAUAAGUGACUAAAAAUCUUCAUUACUACUGUAAAAUAAACACACGGUCCAUUUGUUCAAAAAAAAAAAGUCCCUGUGCGUCUUAACAUUCAGCGUCUUAACAUUCAGAAACACAUGUGCCCUUCUACCUCUAUCCACUGUUUUAGCAUGGAGAGAAAUAGAAAUUUCCCAUGAUGUCUACAUAUUGGAUUAAAUAAAACUUGCC